AUGCAUAUGAUACUCUACAACAAUAGGGUAAAGAAAAAGCAAGGUAGUUAUAAAACAAAACUUUCACAAUUAUUUCAGACAUUAAAUACAGAUUAUACUGCAAGAAUUCAUCUUCGAUUAGAGAGAUAG